AAGGACUGGAGCCCCAAACUGCCCCCCAUACUCAAGGAGAGGCCUUACCAGGGAUAUAUGGAUCAGGGAUGAGGUAGUGACCUUACACACUUGCCUUUAGAUAGAAAAACAAUUUGUGUAGGGGUAUAAGUGAUGGGUCAAGUAUUAUUUGCUGCCACAGUAUUACUACUUAGCUCAGGUCUCUGACUGAUGCUUAUUUCUGUUCCACAUGGCACCACCCACCCACUACCCUGCUUGGUCUUCAAGCCACCUUACCAGUCCACAUACCAACAGCAUCCAACUUGAUCAGAAGGCCAUUUAUUAAAUAUUAAAAUUUAAAAUAUUUUAUCAACUAGACUUUUUUUUAAACUGAAUUACCUGACCAAUCUGACAACCUUAUUAAUGUUUCAGAUUAGCUAUGCCUCCAUGGAUUCAGUUCUAAGUGAUAAGGUCCAGUUUCCGUUUUUCUACCGCACAGUCCCUAAUGAAGCUUCACAGUUCCAAGCACUUGUGCUAUUAAUAAAACAAUUUGGAUGGUCUUGGGUUGGAAUACUGGUUUCAGACAAUGAUUCUGGGCUACAAGCAAGUCAAACGCUAAAAGUGGAGCUUGAACUCAUUGGCGCCUGUGUUGAAUUCCUUGAGUUUCUUCCUUACCGGAAGAGUUUAGAUGAUAGCAGAAAAAUGAAGAUUUACAAAACUUUAAUUGCAUCCUCCUCCAAAGUGAUAAUAGCUUAUGGAGAUCGUGAUUAUAUGCUUGUAUUACAUAUCAUAUUGUAUAUGUAUCCAGUCCCUCUAAAGGUAUGGAUUAUUUCUGUUCAGUGGAAUUUCUCUACUGGGAGCGAGGCAUCUUUUCUAAAUUUUAUCCCCUUCAAUGGCAGUUUAGCCUUGACCCUGCAAAGCAAAAGCAUCCCUGGUUUUAAAGAAUUCGUUUACGGUAUAAGACCCGACCUUUACCUAAACUAUCAAUUCAUUUCUGAUUCAUGGGGAGAAUUUUUUGGAUGUGAUUGGAAAGAAAAACAUGAUGAGCAGUACAAAUGUACUGGUAAUGAAAAUAUUCUAAACGUAGAGAAUGGAAACCUAGACAAAGAUCUUUCAUUCUAUACCUACAGCAUAUAUAAUGCAGUGUAUGCUUUGGCCUAUGCCUUCCAAGCUUUACUUUCUGAGAAAAUGGAAGAGCACACAUAUGCAGGGGACAUUCGGCCUUGGGAGGUAAGCCAAGACGAGUAUCUUCAUAAGUACUUAAAGAAUGUCCGUUUUACAAACAGCGCUGGCGAGGAAGUGCACUUUGAUGACAAGGGGGAAUUUAAUUCAGAUAUAGACAUUCUGAACUGGAUUGUUUAUCCAAAUGAAACAAUGGAUGGGAUACGAGUUGGGAAAUAUCAUCAGAAAUCACUUUUGAAAAAGAUAAUUAUCAAUGAAAGUAUUAAAGAGCAUGACCUUGGAACAUCUGCACAUUAA